AUGGAAAUAGUUAAAUCAUUUCUUCAUUCAACAGCUAUGCGAGGAUUGUAUGUUCUUAUUUGUAUAAUUAUUGCAGUGUUAAUUAGACUUUAUUCUGUAUUAAGAUAUGAAAGUGUUAUUCAUGAAUUUGAUCCAUAUUUCAAUUAUCGAGCCAGUAAAUAUUUAUUAGCAAAUGGAUUAGAUGCAUUUAAUAAUUGGUUUGAUGAAACUGCUUGGUAUCCUUUAGGGCGUAUUGUAGGUGUAACUGUUUAUCCUGGAUUAAUGUACACAUCAGUAUUUUUCUUUAGGUUACUUGAAUUUUUACACUUGUCAGUUGAUAUAAAAGAGAUUUGUGUAUUUAUGGGGCCAUUUUUUUCUGGACUUACUGUCCUUGUAGGUUAUAGAAUGACUAUUGAAAUUGCUUCACAAAAGGCUGCAUUAAUUGCUGCAUUAUUAAUUGCUAUUGUUCCUGGUUAUAUUAGUCGUUCAGUUGCAGGAAGUUAUGAUAAUGAAUGUAUUUCUAUUUUUGCUUUAUUACUAACAUUUUAUCUUUGGAUCCGAGCAGUUAAAAGUGGAAGUCCAAUUAAAGCAGCUUUAUGUGCACUUGCAUAUUAUUAUAUGGCACUUUCAUGGGGUGCUUAUGUGUUUAUAAUUAACUUAAUUCCAUUACACGCAUUCUUAUUAUUAGUCUUUGGAAGAUUCACUAAUAGGUUAUACACUGCAUAUACAACAUUUUAUAUAAUUGGUAUUUUGUUAUCAAUGCAAGUUUCUUUUAUUGGGUUCCAACCUAUUCGUUCAUCUGAACAUAUGGCAUCAAUGUUUGUAUUUAUCUUUAUCCAAUUAUAUAUUUUCUUUAGUUGGAUUAAAUCAAAAUUAUCUGAACAACAAUUUAAAAGAUUUUACACUAAGUUAAUUAUGACAAGUAUUAUAACUGGUAUUCUUGUUAUUACAGUAUUAACUCUUACUGGUAAGAUUUCUCCAUGGACUGGUAGAUUCUAUGCUCUUCUUGAUCCUACUUAUGCUAAAGAACAUAUUCCAAUUAUUGCAUCUGUUUCAGAACAUCAACCAACAUCAUGGGGAACAUUUUUCUUUGAUCUUCAUAUAGUCUGUUUCUUUAUUCCAUUAGGAAUUUACUUUAUGUUAAAAAAUAUUACUGAUGAAAGUAUUUUCACUAUUUUAUUGGUAAUGACAACAGUUUAUUUCUCUGGAGUUAUGUCUCGUUUAAUUUUGAUAUUAUCUACUGGUGCUUGUAUUGUUGCUUCUAUUGGUAUUAGUGAAAUGUAUAAUUCUGUUGUUAAAGUGAUUUUUAAAGAGAAUCAAGAACAAAAUAAAAAAGUAUCAAAUAAAAAGAAACAAACAAGUAGUUCUUAUGAUUCUUUAAUGCAAAAUGUCGGAAUUUUUAUUUUUAUGAUUUUAUCAUUAUGUUUAUUAUCAUAUACUAAUCAUUGUUUAUUUGUUGGAAGAGAAAGUUAUUCUAGUCCAUCAAUAGUAAUGAAAGUGCCAACAGGAGCUAAUUCCUUUAUAGUCUUUGAUGAUUUUAGAGACUCAUAUAGAUGGUUAAAUCAAAACACUCCUAAAGAUUCUAAAAUUAUGAGUUGGUGGGAUUAUGGAUAUCAACUUGCUGCUGUUGCUAAUAGAACUACUAUUGUGGAUAAUAAUACAUGGAAUAAUUCACAUAUUGCACGUGUUGGAGGAGCAUUUGCAAAAUCAGAAAAAGAGAGUUAUAAAAUAUUGAAAGAACUUGAUGUUGAUUAUGUUCUUGUAAUAUUUGGUGGCGUUAUUGGAUUUAGUGGAGAUGAUAUUAAUAAAUUUCUUUGGAUGGUUAGAAUUGGCGGAACAAUUGAUCCAACUAUUCAAGAAAGUGAUUAUUAUUCUAAAACAAGUCAUGAAUUGGAAAUUGGAGAAAAUAUUACUUCAACAAUGAAAAAUUCUUUAAUGUACAAAUUGUGUUAUUACCGAUUUGGUGAAUUAAUGACAGAAAAAAAUAAACCAACUGGAUUUGACAGAGCCAGAAAUAAAGAAAUUGGUUAUAAAGAUAUUGAAUUAGACCAUUUAGAAGAGGUAUUUACUUCUGUUCAUUGGAUGGUAAGAAUCUAUAAAGUAAAGAAAGAUAACAAUAGAAUUUAUGAUAUAGAUUCAUUACAUCAUUAA